AUGCACACAUCUUUCUUCCUCUUCCUGUUCGCAGGACUGAUUGUUGCAACUCUGGCAAUAUGCUGGAUGCCAAACCAGGUUAGAAGGAUCAUGGCUGCUGCUAAACCAAAGCAGGACUGGACUGUCCCCUACUUCAGAGCGUACAUCACGCUUCUUCCCAUUGCCGACAUCUUCUUCUACCUCAGCUCAGUGGUGAACCCCCUCCUGUACAACAUCUCUUCUCAGCAGUUCCGCAGUGUGUUUCUGCAGGUCCUCCGCUGCCACCUGACGAUAGAGCAUGCCAACAAGGAGAAGUUUCUCAGAGCCAACCUGAGCUCCAGAGCAAGGAGCAGUCGCUCUCUGCGCCCACUGCUCUUCAUUUCAUCUAGGCGCAAUUCUUCUACAAGGCGCAGCAACAAAGCUUUCUUAAGUACUUUUCAGAAUGAGACCAAGCCUGACUGCAGUCCACAGAAACCAGGUCUUGAACCACCGGAGCCCAGCUUGGAAGUAGUGCCACUAGAGCCUAGCUCGGAGCCCAGUCCAGAUGCACAAAACGGCCUUUGUGAACAUCAAGUAUGA